AUGGGCAAGAGCAACAAUAACAAUAGUAACAACAAGAAGAAACGAAAAAAGAAAAAAGCCACUGCUGCGACGACGACUCCCACAGACUCCAAUUUUGUGUCAUCUGCCGGACCGGGCUGUUACAUUGCCCGUCGUUCUUCUGUUUCAUCAUCGAGUGGUAGUACUAGUGAUUGGGUGUUGGAAUGGGAAGAUGUAUCAUCAGAUGACUUUGACCAAGAUGAAGAUGAGAUUCCCGAAUUGGCGUUGGAUCCAGAAGAGCAAACAUUAAGUGUAUGCAACAUGAACAAGUACCCACUGAUUGCCUACAUUUCCAUACUGGGAGACAACACGUGCCUCAAGGAUAAACAAGGACGCACCAUGACACCCGGCACGACCACCAACAAUCAAGGCUUGACCCAACCGUGUGUCACGCUGAUUGUUCUGUGUCCUCCCAAAGUCUUUUGUCAUUUAUGUCAUUUUCAACUGCAAUCAUCACACGAACACGUCGAUCAAGACAUGCUCUCACAGAUCCAACUGGAAAGUGACGUACAACAAUGGAAUGUACAUCCGCAUCCACACGAUCAACACGAUUUGCCACUGGCAUUUCCACUCCAAACAACAUUACCCGACAGUACAAGUUUUUUGUGCACCCAAGGAGAAGGAGGACAACUCACUCAUUUCUUUUCCGGCAAUUUACAUGCCGUCGAUUUCCGAUGUCCCAUUGGAACACUUCUUCUUGCCGUGGCCGAUGGAAUUGUAGUGGAAGCCAACGACAACAACACACUCACUGGAAUUGCUGUUUCCAACUUGUUCACGUGGAACUCGAUACUCCUGCAAGUCACGACGACUACUCCUACUGAUUCCAACAAUAGCAAUGAACAACCACUGUUUGUCGAAUACGUCCACAUUUCCAAAUCACAUGUUCAAGUGGGCGAUACAGUGGAGAGAGGACAAGUCAUUGGAUUGUCGGGCAGUAUUGGGUUUAGUCCCGAACCACAUCUUCAUUUUGCGGCUUAUCGAAGUCACCAACCCGAUGCUCCCACGGUACGGGUGCGAUUUCAAACUGCAAACGCACGUGACGCUGUGUUUAUGCCACGAGCGGGAUACUAUUACAAUGCCGAUGGAGAACAACCAACGCCAAACAAUACAGCAACAAAAACUGCAUCCAAUACAACUACGACAACCACAACAAUAAACUAG